AUGAAGCACAUCACCGGCGACAACAAGAACGGUUUCGAGAUUCGCAACGUAGUCUUCAGGAAACUCAACCCAGCAGCAUUCGAGUCCCUAGUAAGCUGGCUCAACACCGCCGACUACGCCCCUCGCUUGAUCGAAGGCGAGCACUCUCACCUCGAAGGCGUCAAGAGCACCGGCCAAUUCGAAGAAGCCGCCGACGCCGCCAGCACCCUCUGGAACAUCGCGCACAAACUCGAGCUUACCGAUCUCCAAGAGCUUAUCUACCGCAAAAUUGAAGUUCAGACUCCUUUGGCUGCCAACUCGCUACUCAUGAUGACUCGCAUGGUAUUCUGGAACUCGCCCACCAAUGCCAAGAUUGAUGGCAAGAUGCGCAAGAUGUUGAAACUGGAUGUCGCUGCUCGUCUGCAUGAGAUUCUGCAGGAGGAACCUUUUCUCUUCAGCAGACUUGUCAAGUCUGAUGUUGAUCUUGCUAAUUACAUCUUCCAGUACCAGGUUGAUCAUCCUUGGGAAGAACCUCCUGAGCAUCUCUCAGAGGACGAUGGCGAUGAUGCUGAAGAUGACGAUGAAUGA